CGAUAGAUUUUCAUGAGUAGAUAUGUGUUGUAUGACUUCAUUUCGGCCGUAUAUUUGAUUUCGGAUUUUUAAUUAGAUAAAUAAAUAUAAAUAUGUUUUUAAUCUUGUGAAUUGUUGACAAAGUUAAGAACUAACAUUUUAAAAUCUCGUAUUAUCAAAUUGAAUUACAAAUGUUUAAAGAGAAUAUUAAUGAAUCAAUUUAGGAAGUCGUGUGAAAUCGUAUUUUAUUUUAAAUACAUUGGUUAACUCAAUAUUGUUGCUGUUGAAGCGAAGAAAAUUGUUUAAGACAAGAAUACCUCAAAUAUCUCAGCACCCUGCUAAGACGGCUACAUUGUUCAAUUCAUGUUUAUUAUAAGAAAAAUGUUUUCAGGAUAAACAAAAAUCAUGCGGGAAUCGGCUCAGGAAAUUGGCCAAGAUGUUUGGCAUCAAUGGAUUUUGGAUGCCAUUGCCAAAAUUCGUUCACAGAAACAACGGCCAAGUGUUCAAAGAAUAUGCCAAGCAAUUGGCAGUCACCAUAAAUUUCAUGAAGACAUUGUAGCUGAAAAGCUUGAAGAAGCUGUCAAUUCUGGUGCUGUAAUAAAAGUUUAUAACAAAGGCUUGCAUUCUUAUAAGGCACCGAUGGCAAAAAGAAAAAUCACAAUAGAAAAAAAUACAAAUCUUUUUAAGAUCGUAGCAAAAGCUGUUCACGACUUGGGGGAGUGUGAAGGAUCGACAUUUAAAAGCAUAGAGAACUAUGUACAAAAAUUUAACAAUAUUGAACUGGGAACAGAUACGGACUUCAAGCUUGUUAUAAAAAACUCUAUCAAAAAAGCAAUAGAUGCAGGUUUUUUAAUUCAAGAUGGUAAGCUUUACAAAAAAGGACGAUCAUUGACUACACCCCGCAAAUCUGCAGCCACUGCCGAAAGCGUAAUAGAAAGAAUAAAUCAAGGGGACUCAAUGUGUUCUCAAUGUUGUGGUACCUCAGAACGAAAUGGCAGCGGUAUUCCGGAGCCACUUAGCUCAUGUGAUAAUUGUGGAAUGUCUCUGCAUACUACUUGUGCUAAUAUUGCCGGUAAAUGUAAAUCACAAUCACAGGUUCUUCUUUAUAUCUUAUCUACAAAAGGCAACAAAUGGCAUUGCUACAAGUGUAAAGCUUGCGAUUCUUGCAAUGAUCGUCACAAAGGCCCUUGUUUGCUCGAUUGCUACCUUUGCCAGAAAAGUUUUCAUUUAACUUGCCUAAAUCCUGCGUCAGAUAAAAAACCCAAGUGUCCAUGGAGGUGUGAUCAUUGCUCGGAGCAUCAAAUGAAUGUCAAAAAAAGACCUAACAAAACAAAUUCAAUUGAAACUACUCCUCGAAGAAGUUUCUCAAAAACUUCUGAUAGAACUGCAAAGAAAUGGGCUUCAAGAACAUCUAUGAUGAUUAUAAAAAAAGAUGAGAUAGAUGACUGUAAAGGCACGCAAACAAAAGACAAUUAUACGUCUGAUUGUGGUAGUGAAGGUAAUAAAAGGAGUAAUUUGCAAUCCAAUGCAAAAAGAAAACAUUUACAGACUGUGUUUGGAGAUUUGAAAAGUAAACCAUCAACCACAACAUCAUCGUUUCAAUAUCAUGACAUCAAGAAAAAUGACAAAAUGUCUAAAGAAAAACAGAAAUUUUUCAGACAUUCUGCUUUUAAUAGCGAUCGGAUGGUAAAAUCUGGAUUUAGUUAUCAGCAUUCACCUAAAUCGAAAAAUGCCUAUUUGAGCAAUUCUUUGCAACAAGAAUUAGAUAUUAAGUUGAAUCCAACUCAUGGUGAAAGACAGCGAAAGCUUUCAGAAACAUCUUCAACUUGUUCGUCGAGUGACAACGACGAUGAUGAAAAUGAUGGAGACAGUACUUCAUCAGACUCUUGCUCAUCUAGCAGUUCGACGGACUCAAGUGGAAGUAGCUGCGAAAGUUCUUCUUCUGGUGACGACGAUGAAGAUGAUGAUGAAACAGAAAAAAGUGAUAGAUCAGAAAUGACAAUGUCCCGAAGCAGUAAGAAAAGUUCUUCAAACACAACUGAAAAGUUAGAUGAACUUAAGUGUAGUAUAUUUCAAAGUGAUGAUUCUAAUGUUAAAGAUGAGAAUGUUUGGGGUUUUGCAGCUGUUGCUAAAAACGAAGUUGAUAUAUUUGCCAAAGCAAACAAUGUAUCACCAUCAAAAGAAAUCAAAAAGAAGAACAUUCAGCUUAAAGGAUUGUUUGAUGGGUUGUCGCACAUAUUUACUACUUCUAACUUUUCUCGUACAAAUAUCAAAGUUAAAGAUGGUGGUGCUAAGGAAGCAGAAGCCUUCAGUUCUGAGACUACAAAAAGUCCAAAAGAAACUAAGAAAUCAUUUAAAAAUUUUGAAAAUGAUGACAGUCUUUCCGCAAGCGUUCAAGAGAAAAGGAAUGUUUGUAAGCAAAAUGCGAUGCCUAAUCAAAACUUACAACUAACAUCUACAAUCAACAGUGAUUCAGAAGUCGCUUCCAAGAACUUGUUUUUGGGGAGCUCUUCAUUAUCUUCAAAUACCAACGAUUUGAGUCAGAAUGUUUAUCUGGACAAAAUUACAGUAAAAAAACGUAUUACUCCCCUUGUAUCGAUGCCAUUAGAAAAAAAGAAUGCUUUUGUAAAACAGCCAUCCAACGAAGAAGUUCCUUAUCUGACACAAAAAACUGUACUAAAUGCUGUAGAAUGUUGUAAUGAAGAUAAUCUCGAAUUAGGCAAAGGAUUUUUCGAAGUUAAAAAUCAACUCGACUUUGCACAGUUAAGAGAAAAGAGUCAACAAUUUAAUAUAUUUGAAAAUGACGAAUCGAGUGAAUUAAGUAAUUCAUAUUGUCUUCCACAUUUGGAAACUCAAAUGCCUCCAGGUAUUACAGAAAAUGAUGUCAAAAUGUAUAGUCUUAUUAGAGAAAAGUCAGCAAAAGCCGUAGCUGAAACAGUCAAUCAAACUGGACGUAUUAAUUUAGCUAUCCCUGACUUAAAUCCAAUAUCAUUAAGUCCACCUUCUUUUGCUUUGGCAGCGCAAGAACGUUGUCCAGCAGCAAUUGAAUUCGGAAAAUGGGAAAUACAAACAUGGUACUCCAGUCGAUUUCCUCAAGAAUAUGCAAGGCUUCCCAAACUAUUUCUUUGUGAAUUUUGUUUAAAAUAUACAAAAAGUAAGGCAGUGUUAGCACGUCACCAGGACAAAUGCUACUGGAGACAUCCACCUGGAACAGAAAUUUAUCGGAAUGAUGAUAUUUCUGUAUUUGAAGUUGAUGGAAAUAUAAACAAAAUUUACUGCCAAAACCUUUGUUUACUGGCAAAAUUGUUUUUGGACCAUAAAACGUUGUAUUACGAUGUAGAACCAUUUUUAUUUUACAUCCUUACCAAAAAUGACAAAAAGGGUUGUCAUUUGAUUGGAUAUUUUUCCAAAGAAAAACACUGCAUGCAAAAAUACAAUAUUUCAUGCAUUAUGACCAUGCCGCAAUAUCAAAGACAAGGCUUUGGAAGAUUUCUGAUCGACUUUAGUUAUCUUUUAAGUCGCGAAGAAGGCCAACUCGGUACACCAGAAAAACCCCUAUCCGAUUUAGGUCGACUGUCUUAUCAUGCGUAUUGGAAGUCUGUGGUUUUGGAGUACCUUUAUAAUUAUCGUCAUAAAGAGAAAAUCACUUUUAGACAUCUUGCAAAUAAAACCGGUUUGUUUUUACCAGACAUUGCAUUAGCUUUUCAACUUCUUAACUUUGUUAAGCUAGGCCGUAAAAAAGGUGAUAUUCGUUAUAAAAUAUACAUUCAAAUAAAUUGGGCUAAAGUAAUACAGCAUAACGAAAAAGUAAUGAAAUCAACAACAAGAAUACCAAUCGAACCCGAAUGUUUGCGAUGGACCCCAUUACUAUCAAAUGUACCAACUUCGAUAGCAAUGAAAAAGUUUAGUUGUUCAGGUUCUGACAAUGAUAAUGAUGAGGUAUGUAUGUCAGGCAUAGCGAAAAAAAAAUUGCCAGCCGCAAAAGAGACAAGCCCUUUGCCAAAAUCAAUAUUAAAUUGUACCAAGGGAAUGAAAGUCACCACCAAGCAAUUGGAUGAAAAGAAUACAAUUGAAGCUAUCUCGCCGAUUUCAAGUUUGAAUGACCAGAAUCAAAACUCCAAUAAACGUAAAAAACUUCUGGUAAAAAAUGAAACACCAAGAGCAGGUUCCGACUUCAUAGAAAUAAUCGAAAUGACAUCUUCUGGUAGGCGACGAGCACGACCUUUGAAAUAUUUUGAAACAACAUUUGGUAGUGGAGCCAGAAAUCAAUCUGGAAUUGACACUGAAAAAAAGACUAAUUUCAAAAACACCUUUCUCAAUGGCAAUCUUAAGGAAAAAAACAGCUUUAAACGCAAAAGAAGUAAGACUCCUGAUUAUCCAGCUUCGUCGGCAGCAGUGGAACACAAAAAAAGUCGCUUUAGUUUAAGAACUAGAUCUGAAACUGACAAAAAACGGAAAUAUAUUUCGACAUUAUUACGAAAACGUCACGAAAGAUUAGUUUCUACACGUAAAAAAAGGUGGAGGGGUUUGAUUAAUCAAAGUGAAGAAUCUAGGUCAAGUAGAUCAUUGCGUAUGGCAAAUCGCAAACCACCUACAUUUUUCACAAAGAGUUUGUCUGAAUCAAACACCAAUGAAGGCGAACAAAUUGAUUAUGAUGUUAAUAAAAAAACAAAAAGCUCAAUUAAACGCGAGGCUGAAGUCAGCCAAGAAAUUGGUGCAAUUGCGGAGAGCAAGAAGCGGUUUAAUAAAAAUAAAAAAAUGUGUAGCUCUUCGGUCAAUUUAGACGGAGCGUGUUCCAGCGAUGAACAUAUUAAGACAGUCCAGAUUCCGAACCCAGAUAACAUUUCGAAUGAAGCAGGAAAUUGUGGUAUGUUUUCAAAGACAAUCGCACCAGAAUUUAAUAUAAAAUUAUCUACAAAACAUGAAAAAGAAAGAAAAGUAGCGGAUUCAAACGAAAAUUUAUUGCAAGAGGAAAAAAAGAUGAUAAAUGUUGCGCCCAAACUACGAGGCAAACGAACUGUAACACAGCAACAUGGAGACGUUUCGAUUUGUUCCGACAGUUGUACAACUGAUGAUAGUAAAAGUGAGGAUUUUAAGUUUAUACUUGAAGAUGCAUAUAAAUCAGAGCAACAAAAUGUUGAACCGAUUGUAAAUGAAUCAUCAACUGAAAAAUUGUCUCCAGAAAAACAACACUUGGAAAUUAAAGAAGACAAUGAUAAGGUUUUAGAUGCAGUAGCGAAAAAAACAAAGAAAAAUCUGCUGUGCGAAAAUUUUUGCGAUAGUUCAUCGGUUGAAUUAGCAGUUUUACAAGUUGAACAAAGAAAAGAAAAUUCAAUUCCCCAAAGUAAUAUUUUAAUUGAAGAAAAUAAAAAUAUUAGUGAAAAAAUAGACAGUUGCAUUCGUCCUAUACAAACCGUACUUACAGGUAUUGCACAUGAACGCGCUGCUGGGACACAGAAUAAAGAUGAGAACGUAACUGCAAACUUGCCUGAAAAGAUGGACAUUAUAAAAACCAAAGUACAGCCAAGCGAGUGUGAAAAACUCGAAAGACCAAGAAUUAUUAUUGAUAAUAAAGCGGAAAUAAGCGAUAAGAAGGUAAAAAGUGUGGACAUUUCCCUAAAUAGUUGCACCAUCCCAAAAAACUUGGAAGGCCAAACACAACUUUACUUGCCGGAUAGCGAUAAAUCCCUCAUCAAUAAUUCAGGAGAAAUUAAAGAAAAAGCUGAAAAUAAUUCAGAGGAACAAGCUCAAACCCAUUUACCUCCAUCAUCGGUCAUAUUAAGAACAUUAGAUAAAGAUAGCUAUGAUAAUAAACAGAAUCAAAUUUUGAUUGAGAGUAAAUCAAACCGAAAAUCACAAUCAAAAAGUAAUGAAAGUGAUCAGUUGCAAACCGGUUCAAUAAUUCGUGAUGAAUCGCACCAAAAAGAAACGUGUGCAAAUCAGAACCAUAAACAACAACAAACACAACAACAAACACAACAACAACAAACACAACAAAUACAACAUCAAAUACAACAACAACAACAACAACAAACACAACAGCAACAAACAAAGCAACAACAAACACAGCAACAACAAACACAACAACAACAAACACAACAACAACAAACACAACAACAUCAAACACAGCAACAACAAACACAACAACAGCCAACACAACAAACUCAACAACAACAAACUCAGCAACAACAAACACAACAACAACAAACACAACAACAACAAACUCAACAACAACAAACCCAGCAACAACAACAAACAAAUCAUCAACAAGCUCAACAGCAACAAACCAAACAACAACAAACACAACAACAAAUACAACAACAAAAGCAACACCAACAACAAACACUACAACAGCAACAACAAAAACAACAUCAUCAACAACAACAACAGCAAAAAGUACAAGUUCAAGUACAACAGCAACAACAACAAUGUCAACACCAACAACUAAAACAGCAACAACAAUUAACACAACAACAAACACAAAAACAACAACAAUUAUCACAACAACAGCAAACACCACAACAACAACUUACACCACUACAACUACAAACACAGAUACUUCCCCAGCAACAACAGCAGCAAAUUCAUACUCAAAUAGCUAAACAGAGUGUGUUUCAGUCUAAUAAUACAUCAAAAAAUAAUUCUUCACAAAAUUCGGAAGCUCUUGUUAUACAACGCCAACUGGAAGAUACUAUUCCACAAAUCGACCUUACUGCUUCGAAAUUUUCGAGUGAAAACAAAAAAAUAAUAGAUCGAGAGGAAAGUCGACGGACAACAAAUUUUCAGUUGCAAUGCAUAAAUAAAGCAAACUCAAAACUUAAAAUACCACAAUUUGACAAUUCCAGUGACACGUCAAAAAAUAGAGAUUCUCCAGAGAUUGAAAAGAAAUUGAAUAUUGAUCGCAUAAAGCCUGAAUCCAAAAAGUCAACCGAUCUGAUCAAAGUAGAAAAAAUACAACAAACACCAUCAUCAUCUCCGAAUAGUUUGACGACUUCUUAUAACACUGUUCUUUCUUCGCAAAGUAGCAAAAGCGGCAAUAACGUUACCAUGAAUAAAAACUCGAAUGUUAUUAGGACCCCAACUACGGUAAAGCAGGAAACGAGCAAUUAUGGGGGAAUACAUAUACCUUUUACGUCAGCAACUUCGUCUUUGACUUUAAGCUCCAUGGCUUGUUCACCGUCGCAACAUGAAAAAUUUCCAUCAAAUAGUAAAGGUAUUGAACAAAAACAAUCCCACACCACCGUUGACCUAAAUAAAAUAGCCCCUCAAUUCACGAUGAACCAAAUGCCCAACUAUCAUGCUUCACCACAUCCGCAGUACUGGCAAUGGGACUAUUAUCCAGGAUACAACUUGUCGCACUUGGAAGCGAGUGCCGUCCAGAAAACACAAAAUAAGUACAAGGACUUAGCCACUUCAAUGGCUUAUGGUCAUACUUUUUCACAAAAUCUUUAUCAAAACACUUUGGCCAUGCAACAACAACAGCAGACGCAUCAAAUACAACAAGCUAUAGCAGUACAAAAAGAAAAACAAAGAGUUGAUAGAAAGAACGGCAGUUCGAACACAGAAAAACAACUUUCAAAUAGUUCUACACAUAGCAGUAGUUCCAAGAAGGAAGAUAAACAACUUGCAAAAGAAUCUACAAGCAAUAACUGUACUUUGAGCAAACAACAACAGAGCAGCUAUGAUAGCAGCCAACAAUACAAUCAACAACAGACAAAGAUAUCGAAUGGGAGUGUGAGUAACACCAAAAACAGCAUCAAAUCAAUAGAAAACGCACACAAACAUUCAAAUAACAUAUCUCAACAUACCGGAGUUUCCAUACAGCAACAUAAUCAAUCCACAAGUACAAUCAACCAAAGCACAUUAAAUUUAAUGAAUCAACAACAGCAACAACAACAUAUUUCACAAAAAGUAGGACAUGAUCAAGAUUUGACACAAAAUUCUGCCUUAAACCUGGAAAACAUGAAACAAAGUUCUUCCACAACGGAAAUAUCAUCAAUGGUUGUGUAUACCCCGGAUUCUACUAACAAUUCUGUUCAUGGCUUGCAGCACCACUAUGAUCAGUGUGAAAUUGAUGUAGCACAGCUGGGUCUUGAAUCUCCUACGAGUAUAGCCAGUGAUAUAGCAUCCCAAAAUUCUGUAGAGAAUGUUCGUCCGCCUAGUGUGCAAAUACAGCAUCAACAGCAACAAUUUUCCGAUUGUUCAAUGCAACAAACGCAAACGAAUUCAUCAUCGCUUCAUAUGACAAUUCAUCAGGCGAAUCAGCAGAAUAAUAUGAACAUUGAAACAACCAGUCCCCCACAAAAUAUUGGUUUAAUGGGCAUCGCAGGAAAUAUGUCGAAUCAGCAGCAAAAUCAAAACAGGAAGAUAUCACAACAGGUACGAAAUGCAAAUACUGGUGCCCAACGCUCAUCAACUCCAAAGGUAAGCCGAUCCAAUAACAAUACAAAUAACCAUCAGAGACAAAGCAGUAGAAACACUCCACCUAGAAUAAACACCGCAUCAAGUAAUAACAACGCUGUGCAGCAGCAGCUUUCAAGUCCAAAUCAAGCUAUGCAACAAAUAAGCCAGCAACAGCAAAAUCAUCAAAAUAUUCAGCAUAUGCAGCAGUAUGGUCAUUUGGCUGGUUCCAUUGUGCCUCAUGUACAUCAUCACCAAGGAAUGCACCAAUCUUCGGAAUAUUUGUCAAUUUCUCAAAUGGGUCAAAACUAUUCAGGUAAUUCGCCCAAUACAUACAACAGCGUUUCAAUGCCAACAGUUAUACAGCAUCGAAUGACUGGAAGCCAUGCACUAGCUAGUCCACAUCAGCGCCUUGGACCAUCACCGUCAUCUUGCGCUGUUUCCUCCUCAUCCGUGAACAAUUUUUAUGUAGGAGGUAAUUCAACUGCACAAACAACAGUUCCGAUGGCAACAUCAUCAAUGUCGUCCACACCAGCUAUGCAAAUUAACACAUCAUCAGCUCCUGGAACAGUGCAAAGUAUAUCGUCAGUGGGUCAGACUACUCAAGGUCAAGGAAAUGCAGUGGGAGCCUCAACACUAGGAGGUGGAUCAUUAUUAGUUGGUAAUUUAUCUAGUCUUUCAAAACUACAACAACUAACAAAUGAUUUGGAAGUUCAAACAAGCAAUACAUCUCCAGCGGGGCAGGUCAACUUAACACCACCACCAAACAACCAUCAUCCUCAUAGCACAAUGACUCCGCCACCAUCACAUCUUGUGAACCAAAACAGGAAUCUUACUACACCACCAACCACUCUGCAACCCCAAAUACCAGCUCUACAGUACCACAAAUAUUACCCAGGUAAUAUGAAUGGGGCUCCUACAAUAUCAUCCCUGUCAGAAAAUCGUCCAAUUCGUAAUGCCACUUCAGCACCGGUGCAACAUAUGUCAACAAGUGGCCGUGCUUCGACUGUAGCACUUAAUCCAAAUCUUAUGUCGCCCUAUGGAGCAUUGAAUGGUUACAGGAUGACGACUCAACAAACGGCUGGCUACAUAACAAAUACUGCUGCCGCUACAAGUUUCAUCAAUAGCCCUGGCUCUCAGAUUCCCGUUCAAAUGGGUGUUAUGAAUAUGCAAUCGCAAUACCAAGACGCAAGUGCUAUACAAAGAGCCGCUCAACAAGGUUCCAUGUAUCCUACUUAUAGCCCAUAUAUACCGCUUAACGGGACAAUGAGAAGAUAGGACCGAAAAAUUGUUUAGGGUCGAGAUAAAUGAUAACCUAAAAAAAUUUUUUUACAUAUGUAUUUUUGUUGUUUUUUUUUUAUUUAUUUAAUUUAUUCCCAUACUAAAGCCUGGUACGCUACUCGCGCUAAAUUUUAGCUGAGAUAAAAUUCUCAUACAAGUUAUCGAUAAUUUGUAUGGGAUCCAUUUUAGCUGAGAUAAAAUUUUUCGAUAAUUUGUAUGGGAGCUAAAAUUUAGCGCGAGCAGCGUACCAGGCUUAAGCGUUGAAAAUAUAACUACACUGUAUAAGUGAAAAUCUGUAUUAGUUUUCUUACUUAUUAAUUAUGGGUCAAUUUAUAUUUUACGCACAAAAAUUGUAAUUAUAAUAAAGUAAAUAACAUAACAGUACUAAUUGUUUAUAUGUACUUUUUUUCUAAUUCUUAUUUGAAAACAAAACUAUUCAUACUAUCUCGAUCCGACUUGGUAACAAAACUGUUUCAUUAAUUCACUUAAGAUGAAAGAUAAUAUAAUACGUAAAGAAUAUGAAAUAAAUUGUUAUUAAUAAAACUUAUUUUAAUUUUUACUUAAUGACCUUAGUUGUGUAAGACACUUAUUGGUUUUGAAUUAUUUAAAAAUUCCAUAUUUGUUCUUUUCCAGCAUUGCGUUUUCCAACAGAUGGCACUGGUGCAAAAUAUAAUAUAAAAAUAAUAAAAAUGUAAAAAAAAAAUAAAUACAAAAACUGACAGUUUGGAUAAUAGUAUAGAUACAACUCAGUGAAAAAGAGUAGGGAUAUAAAACAAAUGCUGUACAAUUUCUAUUCGAGUAUCUGCUAUUCGGUGUACUAGAAGUCAUAUAGAAACUGCCAAACUUGAAAUUUAAGAGUGGGUGUCCCCGAAUGACGAACUCAGACUUCAUGUAAAUGAGUUUGUGUGUAUUAGUGACCUUUCUUCGCCAUACAUCUCUCACGUUCAACGUCAUCUCAACUCAGUUCUCUCUCGGUAUCUUUAUUUGCAUUCUCUUUCCCUUUCUAGAGAACCAAAGUCAUAAAAUUAAAGUCUAUUUAGGUAGAAAAAACAAAUCAGCAUCAAGGAAAUAGCAAAAAAAAGGGUUGCAAGCCUUGCAAGUGUAUAUUGCGGUUUUGCUUUGCGCAACCGAAUUCACUUGUGUUUUCGUUUUCCGUUGGUUUUACUCUAUGUGCAAGAGUCAUGGUAGGUAUAUUUAUGAAAAAAAAAAUGGUAUGAUAUUCAGUGUUGAAUUUUUCUAUCUUUCUGCGCAUCUAUGUACCUACAUCACUUGGUAUUCUAUAUAACUUUUGCAAGUAUUCGUAGGCGCAGGAAUCUGAUCGACUUUUUUUUUCUUUGUUAUAGUAUUCAGUGAUGAUAUUUAUUUUAGUAGUUUAAAAACAAAUUUUUUCAACAUUUUUUUUUUGGCAAAUAAAACGUUUAUUUUUUAAAACUAUUAGGUACAUUUUUGUUUAUUUAUUUGAAUGUUUUUAACUUUUUCUUUCGAAUUUGUACAUAGAUUUAUAUAUUAUAUUAUUAAUUGAUAUUAUUGUUAUUCAUAUACAGGGUGUCCCAAAAGUAAUGGAUCAAACGAAAUAUGCAGAUAGGCCAACUUUAGGGCUCUCAGAAUUUGGUAACUUGUUCAUCCCAAAUCCUUACGGUUUUCAAUUUAAUGCAGUUUUUGUGAAUUAUCGAAAAAUCUCGACUUUGCAACAGUAUUUUGCUUCCUCCGGUCAUAAUUGAUUUUUGUUUUUUACAAUUCUUUCACUAAAACAUUGCCUAAUAAUAAGAAAUAAUUAUUUAAUCAAAAUAUUUUUUAUUUCAUACGCCAUUUUGCUGCAAAUUAUGUAACAGUUCCAUGUUUUAUAAAAACUCAAUUUCUUACUCACAGAAAAAGACAAUUUCAUCUAUAAAGUAAAAUUCGAAAAUUUAGAUUUUUGUAUUAUAAUGCGAAUAACAUUACAGACUGCCUGUCUUUCCAAAUUUUGUUUUCAUAGAAAAAAAUAUAUCCAUACAGUUGCUCAGAAGAAUACCUAACAUGCAACAUCAUAAAUUUAUGAAAGAGAUAAAUAAACCAGUUAAAAAAAAAAAAAAAAACA